CGUUUCAGUUUAGCAAAAUCUCGUAGCUGCAACGAGCACUUUUUGGACAGUCUAGUGACUGCUAAGAUUCCAAGACACUAUGCCUUGGUUUCAUAACUUUUAUUUAUUUUUYCUCCUGCAAGGAGUUGUUCUAGUAAGCACCUACAAGAUUCCAUCCCWACGAGACAGUUCUACAAAAUUGUCAUUUGACUUGGGGAGAUCGUGUACCUACUCCUACCAAGUGGCAAUCCACACAGCCCGUGGUUCUCACUCUACAGAAAGCCAAGGACAUGAAAUUCACAUGCUCAUUGAUGUCAUUGCUGUUGCAAGACAAGGCAACGACAGUUCACUUCACAUCAACCAACUCAAGGUUUACCAACCUCGUAUUAGAAGACUACGUGGUAGUCAUGUCGUGGUCAGGCAUCCUGUCAACGAGGAACUUGAAAAAAAGUUGUCCAAUCCUUUCUACUUUCGUCAACACGAUCAUGGAACAGUAGUUGAUGCUUUGUUUCCAAGAAGCGACGAACCAAGAGUUAUAGCUCUCAAGAAAGGUAUUGCUGGAGCUUUUCAAGUCCACCUCAAGUCUGUAGGAUAUGAAAGCUUGGCACCGAUUGAAGAGCAUGACGACUCUGGUGUCUACAACACAAGGUAUACUACCCUUCUUACCAACGAUUCUCAUACAACUGUAAGAAGAGAAUGGACCAAUAAUGAUUACUUCGAGUUUGCAGACGGUACUCCUGUUGGUGGCGAGCACAAGGCAAAACAAAAGUAUUUAAGUACAGUGCACAUAAAAAAUGGGAAGAUCCACAAGGUAGAUCGACAGCACCUCGGGAUAUUUGAAUCACAAAAAGGACACCCAAGAGCUGAAAAUAAAAAAGAGUACCAAGAACAAGACCAAGAUAUUCAGGUUUCUACGACUGGUUACAACAAACUCAAACUGRUUCGUUGUGACGAUGUUCGCAGUAAKGAAGGACACCACCGUUCCAGACGCAGCGCUCAAACACCAGACAACCUGRAAAAAGACAUACAGGGACUUCAUCAAGAAAAUCUUGUUUUCAGAGACUCCCAUAAGAUYGACUGGAAGAAAGUUGGUGGUGAUAAAGUAAAGUUCAGACCCUUUUAUGAACUCAUGCGRUGCUUUACUGACCCAACUGUGAAGAACAGAGAAAUAGCGGAGUGUUCGAGAGAGAUGCAUAAACUGGCAARACACGAUAAAGCAGCGUUCAACAACAUCUGCAAUUUGGUUCUACAGCGAAAUCUUCAAAACGUGACUUCCUGGACGGUGCUUGUCAAUGUGGUGGCCGGGCGUGGUGGACAUCGAGCACAGAGUGUUCUAGCACAGGCCCUMAUGUCAGAGUAUCCACGCAGAUUGACUCUUGAUGAAUACGAGACUCUGCUAGAAGGAAUCUUUUACAUACCAAAUGGACCAAUACAUAGUGAACUGUUUAAUGCUCUAUUCACACAGGCAGCAAGAGAUUCUAAUCAUGGUCAUAAAUCGUCCAUGGCAAUGCUGGUAUUAGCUGGACUUACCAAACGUGCACAAACAGCUGGUUAUAAUUCGACUCUAUCAGAUGUGGUGGCAGCGCUCAUUCAUGACAGCUAUCACAAUAAGUCCAAUGUUCAUGACCCUGACAGCGUGGAACAUGAGUCCUACGUUAGAGACCAUAUAUGGGCAUUUGGUAACCUCGGUCAUUCAUCUGGUCUACAAGUCAUGCUUAAACAUGCAGACCACGACAGCUCAGGUGUGAGGUCAGCGGUUGUCUCGUCAAUGCGUAAGCUACCUGCAGAAAGUACAAACAGGUUCUUGUUGGACACAUUAUACAAUGAUGAACACAACGAUGUCAAAGCAGCAGUCAUGGAUGUUUUUAUUGAACGACACGAGGACCUGACAGAUGAAACCGUCCAGGCACUCGAGCAUGCAAUAUGGCACGCUGAAGAUGGUGAUGCGCUCGACGCAUCCGUUCAGGAAUUCCUAGAAAACCACCACAAUCACCCGAAAACUAAACAUAUCAGAAAACGAAGAAGCAUCUUACGGCGACAAAAGCGUGCUUUGAUUCCUGCUCUUCGCCCACGUGAGAUCCAACUGGGUCCAGAUAAAAGAUGGACAAAGAACUUUGGAGGAAAAUACCUUGGAGCAGAAUCUCAGAUCCAAUUUCGCAACCAAGUAAAACUCAGAAUUGGAAUAUUUGGAGGGAAUUUCGAGGUAAACCUUGACAAUUACGCAAAGAUAGAGGCUCAAAUUUUGAAAUGGGGCUUUGAUAUUGUGAARGGUAAAGCUGCUUUCAAAGCUUCUGCGAGUUUCAAGAAUGACAUUCCUAAAGAUCUUAUUCAUGCCAUCGCUGAUGCAGGUGACGAUAUUCUCUCAAAGAUCGAUGACAUCACCAGUAUMAUUUUUGAGCAGAUUUCAAAAUUCAAGAACAAACUCAAGACAAACAUCCCACUUAACAUUCAAAAGCUUGUUGACUUCGUAAGCAAAAUAGUCAAGUUUGUCCAAAAUCUGUUCAAGCCUUUAAAGCCAAUUAAUCUGAUGAAGAAGAUACUCACUUUUGUGAAAAAGGUUGUUGAACGGCUGAAAAACUGGAAAUGGAUGCUAGAUAAUGUGCAGAAGAUACAGAUUACCUUAAAMAAACUGACUCUAGUGGAUGAUUUAUUUAGACAAGUGAUUGGUGUUUUGGACCGAAUCCUAGAUAUCGUGAACCGCAUUACUAUCAGACUUCCUCAUAACCUGCCUUCAAAUUUCAAAAUAGAAGACCUUCUAAAGUGGCUAAAGACAGCGUCUUUAGAUCUGCAAGACAUCAAGAUCAAGGAGUUCUUUAAAUCUCUUGGAUUCUCUGUACCUGGAGGGUUCAAGCUGCAGUUGCCAUUCAGAUUUACUCUACAUUUCUCUCUUUCCAUGGAAAAAUUUACRGCUAUUUGUAUGCGACUUGUGAAUUUUGCUAACAAUUUCUUGGACAUAUCAUCUAUCUUUGAUGUGCUGAAAAACCUAGCUUUACCACGACUGAAUCUUCCAAGACUYGAAGGAAAGUUUCCUGCCAUACCUUUCAAGUCCUUUAACUUUGGUCUAAGCUUUGACUGGAAAAUCAACUUGAAUUUCAAACUAAACCUAAAGGAACCAGGGUUCUUAAAGCUAAUUAACAUCCUUGGCAAACUCAGUGAUUUCUUCAAACAAUUCAAACUUCCAUCGUUCGACUUGGAAAAGUUUUUUGAAGACAUAAUGCCUGGAAAGGAUAUGGAUCUAAUUAAGUCUAUUCAAGAACUCUUUGGUGGAAACUCUAACACUACAGCUGUUGGCAAGGGGCCUGAUGAUAUUUUAGAAGACUUUGUGRAUCAAAUCUUGAACUUCCUAAAUUCAUCCAUGCCAAAUAUAACUGCCAUCAGUGACGUUACAGACUUCUUUCAAGAACUUGGUCCGGUCAUGAAAGAUUUUGCUGAGAAAAGUACCAAAAAGAUUUGCAAAGUAUACAAAUUUGCUUUAAAUUCWUCAAAAGAUUUCAAAGACUUUGGAGAAAAUUUAGAGAAAAAAGGAAUAGUGAUUCUCAAGAAAGUUGACGAAACUACUCAAGGAGCACUACAGGAACUAAUGAACUACACAAUUAUGGUUGACGGCUURAUUGACGAACUUGAGAAAAACUUUACAGUUGCAUCUCGUGGAUUUGUUUCAAAAUCUCUUCAAAAAUUAUCAAAGAGCUUAAAGGAUAUCCAGUUGUUAGCCGACCAGGUUGUGGAAUUUGCGAAUGGAACAUCUUCUAAAGUGACUGGAGUAUGUAUGAAGGGUGCGGACUUCUCUGCUGGUAUUAUCGAUGAAGUUCAAAAUGCUUCACGCGACGCAUUGGCAGAGUUGACCAAGUUUGUUGGCCCUSUUGCAAAAGGCAUCAGAACUAUUGGAGAAGACUUGAAGACAACAGUUACUAAAGUCGAAGASUGGUACAACGAAAACAUGGCUGUACGUGUAGGUAAAAUAUCCAAGAUAGCCCAAUUACUAGCAGAUUUUAUGUCAAUGUUAAACACCAACAAAGGAUUUUUAGGCAAAGUUCGAGAAAUCGCCAUCAAAGUGAAUAAUGUUUUGRCUCACAUGCGUAACCUUCCGUUGUAUGCCAAUAAAGCACGCGAGACCGCAGAUGAUAUCAUACAGUUUGCUGAUCGAGCUCAAAGCUUCAAGGAUGAAAUUUUAAAGCUAGACAUUAGGAAAGAAUUUGGCAUCGAUUAUGACACAAAAGUCCGUGAUCUUUGCAACAAGUUCAAGGCCAUGGCAAGUCAAACACUUAAUAAAAUUGGAAGUUAUGAUGUUACUGCAGAGGUGAACAAAUUCUUCACAGUCGAAGCUGAUAAACUAAUCAAUAAAGCAGUAACGAAGUUUAGAAGGAUCAAGGAACMUAUUCAUGAGAUCCAAGGCGAAUUGAAAGAGAUAUCAUCCAUGGUUAGCCAAAUCAUGGACGUCCUGAUCAAUCUGAAGCCCUUCACAUCAAACUUUUCUCCAAUACUUUCAACAAUUAAUAAGCUACCAGACUGCCAGCAAACUGUUACUAUAUUCAAGGAAAGCACAAAACCAUGUGUGCGAAAAGCYAUGAUCGUUGGAAAGUAUGUCAUCGAUCAGUACAAAGAAUUGCGCAAAGAAAUUGAAAUCCUAAAAGACAUGAUAUCAGAAACGUGGAGAAACUUCAAGAUACAAAAGUGCAUCAAAGGGGGAGCCUGUAUAUCAAAAGCUUUUAUCGAUCAAGCAAAAGGAAUUAAAGAAAAGGUCGAUGUCUUAAAGGACACGUUUAAAGAAGCCAGUGGAUACACUGACAUGCUUGAGACUUGUAAAGCUGGUGUUGAGAACAUCACAAAGAUUAUCGAUACAGUCAAACUUCUCAUACAGCAAGUGAAAGACUUUGAUUUGAGAGACGAUGUACAGAAARUUAAAGAUGUACUGCGUCGGGUAACUGGAAGAGAUGUCACUGAGGAUUCACAAGGAGGCAGGGCCAGAAGAAGUAUUAAAGGAGCUAAGGAGAAAGUAAAGCGAGUACUAGACUAUAUAAGAAAGGCAAAGGAAACAAAAGAAAAGUUAGAAGGCAUCUUACAGAAUACUUUUAAGGCCAUGAAAGCUGUCUAUAACGAUGCUGUAGUGGAGCACGUGCAGAAGAUCCAGGAUGUGCGAAACAAGCUUCAAACUUCUUAUGAUUUAUGGAAGAAAACUAAAGAYAUUAACACCAUCAUUCAAGCUCUGGACAACAUAAUCAAAGAAGCAUCAGACUACGCUAARAUAAUGCAGGGAGUCACGACCAAAUUUUCUAACCCAGUGGUGAAACUACUUAUGGAUACUGGAGAACUGAGUGAUGUGAUCAAACCACAUAUGGACAAAUAUAUUGGUAAAGUAAAAGAAGUGACGGACAAGGUAAAUAGAUUUUUCGACAAAGUAACCGAGUUCCAAAACAAAAUACAGCUUCGCCAGAGAGGUCUUGAUCUUUCACAAUUUAAAGAAUGGAGCGCGUAUCCCUAUUGUUCUGCCGACGUUUGUGUGCGAUCUCUGAGGAGAUCUUCAUCCCUUUACUACAGCACAAUCUUCACAUGGAAAUUUCCCCACCUCGAUGACCUUUCGUCAAUGAAAGAUACCGGAAGAUGGCUGAUUCCUGGUUUGUUUGGCGAUUACAAAGUUGAAGGCAUCACGCAACUAUCGCAGUCAUCAAUAAUACUCGGGAUGUACGGGGUCUCCGCGAACAAGGGCAAGGCUUCAAUUUUAGUUAUUACAACUCCUGGCAGCGGUGUACGAAAAAUAAUUCAACUAGGAAGUCCGCAAUCUCCAUUUACCGAGGAAAUUGGUGGUGUYUCAGUGGCGCGAAACAGUAUUUGGAUCGCUAGUGGCACUUCAAACAAGAUUCAUCGCAUCAACAAAGGAUCGGUUACUGGAAGCAUGUCCUCUAGUGGUCCAUCUUGGAUAGGCAUAUCCAAAACUUAUAGAGUUGAGGGCACUGCCACUUCUGUAUCAUUUGAUGAAGCUAAAACAAUGCUAUGGGUUACUGAUGGUGUUGCUGGGAAGGGAUACGGCUAUCGAUUAUCGCCUGACGGGGAUCUGCUAUCARGYAACAUAGCCCCUGAUCGAGUAUUAGUCAUCAGAGAAAAAGCACAGGGUAUGGCAAUAGUACGUCAAUUUAAUACUGAAUACGUAGUCGUAUCAAGAUGUGCCAUGCGCCCUGGAUUUCAGKGCAAAUUGGAGUUCCACGACUUAAGUGGGAGCGACGAAGUUGGCGAAAACACUUUAUCAAGAGUUGUCCGUACUCCAUCAGGAUUAGAAUCUGUUGAAAAGGUCAGGAAUGAUCUGAUCGCCAUCGUGUUUUCCAGCGCAACUUACAGCGACAGAAGUAACAUUGAAAAUAUCGGAGGAGACAUUGAGGACAGGUACUUCAGAAUGAAGCUCCCAAUCUUAAAAAUGACUUUCGGAAUCACUGAAAACUGCUUAUACUUCAAAGUCAUGAAGGACUGGAUUAUAACACCACGAAGGCUAAUUCCUUUUGGUGACUUACGAUGYGGGGCUUUAAGAAAGCGAAGUAUAGAAAAUGAGCUUCUUGAGUCAGAUGUUUACUCACAGGAGCUUGAAGAAGUUCAYACACGUAACAAGAGAGCYACAGGUGAAAUGCCAGCUUGUUUGACAUUGAUGAGGGGUAAUGUCAGAAGAGGAUAUCAGGAAUUCAUGCCGGAUUGGAAGCAGGUCAUCAUCGUGUUUGGCAUUCCCGUUACACUUUUCGCAGGCGCCGGUGGCUAUUGGUUUGUUGACUACCAAGCUCAGUUAUGCAUGAGGGACCGAACUUUCAAGGUGGGUUUGAUUCCUGGUGCUUGGAUUGCUGUGCACGUCGGAGCAAGUGUAAGCAUUUGGAUAGUUGAAGGUGGUAUCACCAUCGAAGCUAUACUAUUGGAAACAUACCUUCUUCCUGAGUUGACAGUCAAGAUUGACAAGUGGCCMUUAAAAGCAUGCAUUGAGCUGAAGAUGAGAAUGACACCAUUGAAGAUACGCGUGUGGUUGUGGUAUCGAUUCCGUCUUUGCAUUAGAAUCCGAUGCAAGUGUUUCAAAUGUAGUAUUAAAAUAAGGUGGUGUAGCAAAAAGACAUUCGCCGAAUGGUGGUGGUCCGCGAGACAAAUUGAGCGCACUUUGUUUUCGACCUGCAAGGAAGACGUAGAUAGAACUCCACCAAUAGCAGGAACAUGCAGUGCGAGACAAGUUGGGGAGAAAAUGUAUUUCGUACAAUGGCAUGGAUUCAAAGAGGACACAUCAAUCAACCAUUACUGGGUAAAGAUAGGAUCCAUUGUGGGCUCUGGUGACGACUAUGGUGCAAAUGUUGGAACAUCGUUGAGCACCAUCGUUAGAAAUCUGCCAAUCAUGCACGGAAGGGACGUCUAUGUUAGUGUGAGAGCCACUAACGACAUGGGGAUGGACAGCAGACUGGCCUUAUGUCCUUUCUUCAGAGCAAAACGAAGAGGACCGCAAAUACGCUAUGUAAAUGAUGGUUCUGAAUUAGGCCAAGASAAGGAUUAUCAGUCAGAUGAUUAUGAACUAGGAAUGAAUUUUGCUUGGGCUAAAGGUGCUCAAAGUAUACUGGAUGUAAAAUGGGGUAUUUCAACUUCUUCAAAGUGUACUCUUGAUGAAAAGGAAGUGGACGUCUACGGAUUGAUGCCKGUUGGUGAGACCAACACCAUUCAAACAUCGGGUUUGAGUCUGAAACAUGGGCAGAAAUACUAUACAAGGGUUGUUGCUACCAACUCGAUUGGAUUAAGAGCGGUCAUGUGCAGUGAUGGCAUYGUGAUAGAUAYAACACCUCCUGUGRCAGGUUACUUGUAUGAUGGGUCUGGAGAACAAGAUGCUGAUUUUCUUCCGUCAACGAAACGAGUUCGAGCCAAGUAUCAAGCAUUCGUAGACAACGAGAGCCCUUUAGCUAAGUAUGAGUGGAAAAUAGUGUKGUAUGAAAACUCUCUUGAUAUUACUCCGUUUGUGAGCAUACCACUCCCGCAAAGAACGCCUCUUAUGGAGGGACUGAAUCUAAGCCCAGGGCAGAAAUACAAGAUUGUUCUGCGAGGUACGAAUGCAGCUGGUUUACAGACUUCUGUUGAAUCCAAUGGUUUCGUACCGGACAACACUGGACCUGUUUGUAACGUACCUUCUGAUGUACUCUCUGAAAGCGAUGACCAGGAUGUUGACUUUGUUCGAGAGCUCAAGAGCAUACAGGCAAAGUGGAAAUGUUCAGAUYCUGAGAGUGGAAUCAAGAAGCAGUUCCUUGCUGUGGGAACUUACCCAGGAGGCGAUGAUAUCAAAUCUUUUGAUACAGCAGAGAAGUACGACGCUACAGUUCUUGAAGAUGGGAACACUUUUGUGCAGCUGGAUGGCUUUGACAUUGAGCCAAGAGURAGAUAUCACGUGACAGUAAAAGUACUCAAUGGGGCUGGAAUUCGUAGRACAGUUUCAUCUGAUGGUAUUUUGAUUGAUACAACACCACCCGCUGUUGCACCUCAAUUCAUCAAAGACGGCUUGGAAGGCAAAGAUCAAAACUACACAAAGGAACGUUUCACGUUYAGUGUUCAUUGGGAGCAAGCUUUCAUUGACGCAGAAAGUGGUUUGUCUGAGUAUCRCGUYGGGUUGGGYACAAAACCMGGACUCACAGAUACUAAGAACUUAAUAUCUGUUGGGAAAAGAAACAAUGCAACGCUUACAGGACUGCUGCUUGAAAGUGGACGUAAAUAUUUUGCCACAGUUGUAGGAUGUAAUGGAGUACAGAUGUGCGUGAAUGSCAGCAGUAAUGGUGCUAUUGUUGAUUACGUUCCUCCCCAUACUGGUAACGUCAUUACUGGCUAUCAAGGACCACCUGUUUUCUUUCAAUGGAACACUAAAUCAGUAUGGGCGCGAUGGAAUUGGUGCCCAGCAGACGAAGUAAGGACCUCUACGUUCAUAGACAAAAGRAAGUGUAGUAACGAAAGUUUCUAUGACGUACAUUCUGGUAUCGAUAGUUUUGGCUUAUCAGUCACUUCCUUGGUAAAUGAACAAUUACUAGCUGAAGUGAAGAAAGUUGGGCGAGUGCGCAUGAGUGGGAGAUCUAUUGAAUUAGAAGAUGGAAUAUAUUCAGCCGUGGUCCAGGCAACCGACARAGCUGGAAUGAACUCUAAUGGAUAYUCAAAUACUUUCAUCGUAGAYAGUUCUCCUCCCGAAGUUUUGAUUAUCCAACAUGGACAUCGUGGAAAURUGAUAAAGUACACAAGAGAGAAGGACUUAACGUUUAAAAGCUACUUUGAAAUCGAAGAUGAUCUCACUAAGAUUGUAUCGUACAAAGUUUCUAUUGGAAGUUAUAGCGGAGCAGAUGACGUUGCCAGUUCUAAUACUAUUGUCUUACCACAGCCAAAGUAUUCAAUAGCGGUCAAUUGGACUGCUGAAGGAYCUAUCAAGCUUGAAAACAACAGAAAGUACUACGUUACCGUGCAGGCAUUCAACAGCGCAGGAUUGACGGGGAUUGGCUCUUCAGAUGCACUUCUCUCAGAUUCAGAAGCUCCRAGAAUCGCUUUUGUUAUGGAUGGAUGGGGAAUGAUGGAUGCCAAGUAUCAAAGCUAUGCUUCUAUUUACCGUGCGCACUGGCAUGGCGUUAKUGAUUUUUCUGGAAUACAUUCCAUAUAUCUUGGACUGAAAAGCACUUACAGUUCCAGCGCAUGCGAUGUCAUCCCAUUAGAGYUGGUACCAAACAAAGCAAACUCUCACAUUUUAUCUGGACUAAGUCUUAGAUCAGGAUCAAAAUAUUUUGCGUGUAUAAAAGUCGUCGACAACGCUCAAAACGAAGCGCUUUUCUCUUCUGAUGGCGUUAUAAUCGACAGCACUSCYCCACGCRCUGGUACUGUAGUGGAUGGAAAGUCAGGUCWAGAYAUUGAUGUGCAAGUUGAAGGCUCGAUCUUGUGGGCCUCGUGGUCAAACUUUACUGAACAAGAAACACAGAUUGUSGGRUAYAAGCUGGCKUUUGGYACGGCACCUGGAAAAGUAGAYAUYCAAGAGUUUACCGACGUGGAACUCGUAGAGAGAGCUGCUAGUACAAGGAUGAAGGUGUCUGAACUACGAAGUGGUCAGCGGUACUACGCAACGGUAGUAGCUGUCAAUAACCUCGGAAUACCAAGCRCUAAAGUAUCUUCAAAUGGUGUUUUAGUUGAUUUUACCCCACCAGAAUUCAUCAGACCAGUAACUGAUGGUGGUAUUACAGGAAAAGAUGCUUCAUAUACAAACCAGCAAACUUUAUCGUGUUCUUGGAUUUGCGACGAUCAAGAAACACGCCUGCAAUCUGUUGAAGUGGCCUUCGGACUGCAACCUGGAGUAACCAACGUGAAAAACUUCACAAGAGUUCCAAACAACCAGAGAAAGUAUGUCUUCUCGACAAAUCUUCGACCAGGAAUUAAAUACUUUGCAAUGGUCAGAUGCACAAAUAGAAUCGGGCUUACYUCUAUAUCUACUUCAAAUGGGGUAGCAUACGAUAAUUCACCUCCCCUAGCUCAGUUCAUCGACGAUGGAGACUAUCACAAUUCUACGAACAGAGUAGAACUGAAGUGGAAAUUCUACGAUGUCGAAAGUGGAAUCAGAAAAUAUCAAGUUUUCGUACAUCUUGCCGAUAAUUCAAGCAGACAAGGUCCAUUUGAGUUUUCGGGUKCCGUGACGUCGACGACAGUAAACCUGGACUCUCCUCUUGCUGUWGGAAAAAAAUAUUUUGUAACUGUUACAGCCUUCAACGGUGCUGGUCUAACAGCGKCUAUAACAUCUGAUGGAUUUAAAGUAGAUGACACCCCGCCUCUGUGUGAAAACGUUUGGGAUGGAGAUAAACCACCMAACGCAGAUUUACGCUUCAUUGGAAAAACAAACAGACUAACAGUAUCUUGGAACUGCUCUGAUAGCGAGUCACCAUUGAUCAAGAUUCAGUUUUCUGUUCAGGAAGUAAAUUCACAAGCGGUUAUUCUGCCUUUCCAUUCAUUGAAACAAAAGCUUAAUUCAAGUGGUACUACUAUUAUUACCGGYAAUGGCAGAUGGAAUCCACGAUAUCUAGAGGGUAAGACCUACAGAGUUGGGAUAGAACUGACCAAUGCUGUUAAACUUAGCUCCCUUUACUGGACCAAUGGUGUACUUGUUGAUACUUCUCCUCCCGUAUUCAAGGAYCUCAGRCUCAGWUUCAAACCAAUAAAUGAUGAGUUAUCAGCGAGCUGGAAUGURAAGGACGAGGAAAGUGGUGUUGAUAAGGUSCAAUGGGGCCUGGGUAGCAGUCCGGAGAAAACUGAUAUUUUGAACCUAACGUUUAUGGACAAAGCCAUCAACAGCCUCACAGUUUCUGGUUCACAAAUACGACUACAACUUGGAAGAACCUACUUUUUGACUCUUGUCGCAACCAACCUCGCAGGUUUAGCAAGCAGAACGGUGUCAAAUGGAGUUGUGAUUGAUCGUACUAGGCCCGAAGCUGGUGUUGUGACUGCACAAUACGUUUUACCUUUGAACUAUGACAGAAAUAAGAACAUUGUUCCCGGGUCAUCAUUUACGGUGUCUUGGACAGGAUUCGUAGAUAAAGAAAGUGGAGUUUCUCGAUACAGCUGGGCUACAGGAAAUAACUUACAAUCGCUUCUAAAUCUGGAUGACARUAAAUAUAMAAACAUUCUGCUCGACGAAUCUGUUGGCGGCGUGCAGAUUAAGAACGUAACUUUGGUUGGCAAUACUACRUACUACGUGUGCAUCAGAGCAACCAACGGCGCAGGCCUACAAACAACGGAUUGCUCACCAGGAAUGAAAGUAGUCCUGGGUAAAUUCUCGGCUGGUGUGGUUAACGAUGGUCCAAGAAACUCAAAGCAAGACCUGGACUUCCAGCUUGACGAUAGAGCAUUAUGGGCUUACUGGAGUGGAUUUGAUGAUCCUGUUUAUGGAGUGUCUUCAUAUGAAUGGUGUAUCGGGGAUCACCAACCAAGUCAMUCAGACAGUAGUGUAUGUAAAUGGCCUUACAUGAAAGURCCCCUGUUAAGGAACUAUGCACAUCGUUUCUACAAUCUAACACUUACACACGGCACGACGUAUUACGCUACCGUGAARGCUAUAAAUAGCCGAGGUGAAACWGUGCACKCAACUUCGGAUGGUGUUCUCGUUGAUCGUACCAGUCCUGCGGGUGGAUCUAUAAAUGUUUGUCCCUCCAUUGGUAAAGAUACCCAGUACAUGACUUCACUGUCUGCUCCUACUGUUACUUGGGAGAUGAAAGACAAUGAAAGUGGCCUGAGUCACUUUAGAAUUGGAAUCGGUUCUUUYCCUUUCCAAGACGAUCUUCUGGAUUUCAGGAAAAUCGCAGCUCUUGAAAGAUCAGUGGAUUUAGACGAAUUCAAUUUUACAGCAACAAAUGGYUUGUCGUACUUUGUGGCRAUAACAGGCGUUAACAUGCUKGGACUUGAAUCGUCACUGAUCWCUCAACAAGUGGURGUGGACACGACCCCUCCWUCUGUUGGYGUGGUAGUGGAUGGUAACAGGACCAGUGAAAAUAAAGAUCUGGACUACCAAACRAAUAACCAAGWGUUGGCAGCUUAUUGGUAUGGAUUUGAAGAUGGUGAAAGUGAUAUUGURGAAUACCAAUGGUGUAUUGGUUUACAAAAAGGCACUUGCAACUUGAAAAGYUUUUCAUCAUCCGGGCUUUCUACCUUUGGCGCAAUAUGGUCCAACCUAAGGGAGGGAGAGCGGUACUACUUUACCGUACAGGCCAUAAAUGCAGCAGGACUGAUACAAACCUCUUCAUCUGAUGGUGUUACCAUUGAUAYAAGUGCACCAAUCAUUAGUGGAGUCACCUUAUCGAGCCCGUCUGAUGACAUCUCUUUGGURAAGCUUGGAAACGUCACWGCUCAGAGCAGUGGAAGAGUACUUAAAGUUACUUGGGACAAAGUGACGGAUACUGAGAGUGGUAUUUCCAGCUUGAUGUACUGUGUUGGAAGAACGAUCAAUGAAUGUGACAUCAUCGACUGGACCAAUCUAGAYGUGGAAAYAAACUYYUUUGUACAACAUUUUGAAAAGCCGUUGGCUGCUGGGACGGUACUAUAUAUUACUUUACAAGCUACUAACGGAGCUGGAUUAAGUGUGAAUGCGAAAACAGAUGCUCUUCUUAUGGACUCUUCUCCUCCAAGUGUAGGGAGUGUAAUCGUUGGAAACGUACCUGGUACCAAGUAUCUUCAAAAGGACGAGGCUAUUGAAGCUGAUUGGGGUGGAUUCGAUGACCAGGAAAGUGGCUUACACCAUUUUGAAUGGGCAGUGUGCUCAAAAAUGGACGGCAAAGAAUGUUUAACUCCAUUUAUCAAUACAGGAUUGUCUUCACAGAUGAAAACCGAUCAACUGGAAUUGAAGCCUGGUGUUGCAUACGUUCUUGUGGUGCGGGCUUAUAACAAAGUUGRACUGCGAAGUGAGGCAAAAUCCAAUGCCUUUGUUCUUGAGAACAAGCAUCCAGUACCAAGAUCCGUGCUCGAUGGCAUUUCGUAUGGCAAAGACAUUUCAAUACAGAGCUCAGUCAACACCCUCGCAGCAAACUGGGAACAUUUUAUUGGCUACAACUCAAGAAUAGCAAGCUACGAGAUAUGCGCGGGCAGCAAGCCGUUGACAUGUGAUAUCAAUCCCUACCAAGAUGUGGGAAUGACGCUCAAAGGGGAGAUAACAGGACUCAGACUUGCUCACAUGAAUACAUACUACAUCACCGUUCGUGCUACUAACGAAGCUGGCUACAAAGCAACUSGUUCCACAAAUGGCGUCAAGAUUGACAGCACACCGCCUGCGGGAGGAAAGAUACGAGAUGGAUUUGGCGAGGAAGACAUAAAUUAUCAAGCUGAUGACUCCUUCAUUUCAGCCAACUGGGAUCCGUUUACAGAUACAGAGUCAGGAAUAGAGAAGUACAUCUUCUGCGCGGGUACAUCCAAAGGAUCAUGCGAUGUCAUCCCAGAGACUGAAAUACCAGAGAGCACACAGAGGGUUGCACGACAAAUUAACCUACCACUCAGCUCAGGCGUGACUAUUUACAUGAAACUGAAGGCGAUAAAUAAUGCAAGAGGAGAGACCACUGUAUAUUCAGAUGGAGUAACAAUAGACAACACUCCUCCACAACUAACAGAGGUGAAAGAUUUGCAGUCAAACAGCACGCUACAAGAUAAAGACUUUAUAACAUCUAAAGUAGAGUACUGUGCAGCCUGGACUGUUCGUGAUUAUGAGAGUAAUAUCAGCAAAAGUGAAGUAUCUGUCUGCUUGGACCUGAACCAUAAUGAUUGCAUUGCCUCGUCCAUUGAUGUGGGUAAGAAGACUCUUGUCUGUCUGUCUAAUCUGAAGUUAGCUGAAGGUGUCAAGUAUGUGACCAUCGUACGCGUAACGAACAGCGUGGGACUGAGUACUACUCGUGUAUCUGAUGGUUUUCUAUUGGAUUCCACUCCUCCAGUCACAGGUGAAAUUAGCCACAUCACAAAUGGGUCCAAUUCUCUUGAGAGUUUUGGAAGAAGUUUCACCAGCAAAGAUAUUUCAGUUCGUUUGAGUGGUUUCUGGGACAAGGAAUCUUCCRUUUCAAAAUAUUACAUUUGCCUAGGCAAGUACUCUGGAGGAUGCAACAUGGUCAAUUUUACUGAUAUUGGUAAUCACACGGAAUACAAGUUCACAGGAAUACGUCUAGAGCAUAAUACUAUGUAUUACGUAUCUGUUAUUGCUGAGAACGAAGCACGUCUGCGAAGUGACAUCGCGUCAUCAGAUGGAGUCUUAAUGGACGCAACAGCUCCUUUAACUAGUGGUAUGAUUAACGAUGGUGACACAGUAGGCAAAGACAUCAACUUCCAGCAAUCAACCACUGACAUCAAAGCACACUGGACAUCGAUCGAAGACCCUGAAAGUGACGUUGUAAAGGUUACGUGGUGUGCAGGUUCAGUUCGUGGAGUAUGUGACAUAGUACCAAUGAAGACCAUAUCUCCAUGGAUACAUAAUGUACAUACCAUACUAGAUUCACCCAUGAGAAAUGGACAGAAGUUUUUCGUGUCGGUAAGGGCAACAAAUGGUGCAGGGAGAACAACAACGCUGUCUUCCGAUGGCGUGACAGUCGAUAAUACUCCACCUGAAUCGGGUGUAGUCGUAGACGGCAACUCUUCAAAGGAUAUYARCURCCUUUAUGGAGAUGACGAYGUGCAAGCAAACUGGUCAGGUUUUGCUGAUAAGGAAAGUAGAAUAGAGCGAUAUGAGGUUGCUGUUUGUGAUGCCAGAAACCUAACUGUCUGUCCACAACCCUACACCACGGUCUAUAAUACAACGCAAGUGCGAUUUGCAGGAUUGGAUCUUGAUAGUGGAGCCAUGUACAUAGUGUUUGUCAAGGCAACCAACUUUGCUGGUCUGCAGACAGUUUCUACRUCAAAUGGAUUCACAGUCGACUUUAGUCCACCAAAAGAAAAAGAGGCUUGGCUGGGACCGGGGAACAAACACCAGCUUUUCCAAUCCAGAGAYAAUCAACUUCAUGUCAGAUGGUCGCCGUUUGAAGAUUUYGAAAGUGGAAUUGUCAAGUAUGAAAUUUGUGCCAGCGUGUCAUCCAUUGAAUGCAACAAGACGAACUUCGUGAACGUUGGUCAAACCACCAGUUAUGUACUUUCUGGACUGAAACUAGAUCAUGGGAGAUCCUACCAUGUGACAAUAAAAGGCACGAAUGGUGUUGGAUUGUCUGCCACGGUAAMAACAAAACCAAUUCUAAUAGACACCACCCCACCUAAAGUCAUUGACGAGGUUCAAGAUCAAAAUACUUCUGACAAUAGACCAACAGUUGCACCAAAUGGAUUCAAUAACAAUAGUGUGCCAAAUGACUUAUUACAAAUGCCAAGUUCAAGUCCAAGCUCUUAUAUCAGGUUUACUUGCACUGAAGAGCUGCUUAGUGUAGACUGGGACGAGUUUGAUGAUCCUGAGAGUGGAAUGUGGAAGUACGAAUGGUGCGUCGGCACCAGAAAUGGAGUUUGUGACGUCUUACCUUUGACGUCGGCUGUUUUGAGUUUAAGUGGCAAAACAAUAACGACUCGAAUAUCCUCAGGAACGGARCUCUUUGCAACGGUCAAUGUAGUAAAUAAUGUUGGAUUGAAAACUGUUCUCAACUCUAAAAGAUGCUUGGUUAUAACUGUCGCUCCWAAAGUGGUUGAUGUACUGGAUCUGGRGGUCUCAAAUACAAGURACCCCACAGAUGUGGAUUGGAUGGCAAACAUGAAAAGUCUGACCUUGAAAUGGAGUUUGAUUGGAAAGUUUCUGGACGAUAUUUCACGCAUGCGUCUUGAAGUAGCAGUAACUUCCACUUCUCGSAACAGGAGUUUACCWAGACUGAAUAAAAGAGAAGGUUGGAAUGGCGAGCCUUUUGCUCAGGACUUCAUGAACGUCCAUGGAUCGCAGCGAAACGUGACUGUUGAGAGUGUACAGCUGCAACCAUGGAUACAGUAUCGUGGGGUGGUACGGGUUUGGAACGAAGGRGGAAUCUAUGAUGAGACUAGCAGCGAUGGUGUUCGUGUUGAGCCCAGAGCACCUUUAGCUCGUCAACUGUUUAUUCGGGACAAUUCACCAGAAAACGAGCGAGCAAGAUGGCUACCAAAUCUUCAUUUACCUCCCAUCAACAAAAGUGCGUUGGACAAAGAAGUCAUCUAUAUUUCUUCACCAAGUGAACUUUCAGUUGCUGUGAGCACUGGAAUUAAUGCCACAAAUUCAUCGCAACUAGCCCUUGAAGACGAUCUUCUGGAAAGUGGCCAUUUCAGUCCCACUCAAGAAUUCAAGGUCCUCGUUACCAGAGUAACCUCAGAUUCUAAYGAAACUAACACUACAGAGAAUAGUUUAGAAAUGAAAACACUACCUGGUUUCUCAAACCCUCAAGGUCCAUGCUGUGCCAACUACACAWCAGAUUCCCCCAAUAUGUUGACAGACAACCACUACAAGCCUACUUUACCAACACAGAAAUUUGGGUCAUCUGUUGCUUUGCUCCCUCAUGAUUACAUAGCCGUUGCUUCGUCCGACAAGUUCUUUAUCUUCUCGUCCAAAAACAGGACACUGAAGAAGGAGGUUAUAAAAAUGACCUCGGCUACUGCUCUUUCAUACUCUAAAGAUCGGCUUACUCUAGCGUCUAAUGGAAUGAUAAAAGUUUACCGAUACGAUUUCUCAGAGAAAGGGGACAUAAAACUCCAACCCGAGGCAACUAUUUCGAGCUGUAAGACAAACCCUUGUGUUUCCAACGAAACGUGGCCAAAUUUGGAUGGCAAAAAAGUUGUCAUACAGAAAACGACCAUUGCGGCAACAGGAAGAAUAACAUCCUCGAAUAACAGCGUGAUUGGGAUCUUCCGUCAAAUGAAUGGAGCAUGGCAGCUGCAUCAGGAAUUGGGAACUGCAGAGAAUGAUCAAUACUUUGGACGAGACAUCGCAAUGAAUGACGGCGUGUUAGCAGUGUCAACAGGAGGUCUUGCGUUACCCAAGGUUGUCAUUUAUUCGAUGACUGACUUCAGUGUCAUCAUGAAAAUUGAUCUCAAACACUCGAGUAUUAACAUGGUGGAACCAUCUCUUCGACUGACGAAACAAAAUGAACUGGUUAUGGUCUCCAAGGCCAAAGCAAAGUCUGUCGUUCUUAGGCUGAACAUUCCAUCCAAGUCCUUUAACUUACUUUGCACGUAUGUCCCUCCAAUUGAAAUUCAAUCGCGACUUAGCGGUAGUUUUGACUUGAUGGACAGAGACGGUGGGACUAUUGUUGCACUUGGGAUGCAAACAUCACAAGGUCGUGAUGGAGUUAUACUUAUAGCUUUCAACGGUGUAUUCGCAUAUGGUCCAGACCAUGACCAAGGCAAGUGCACUGGAUUAGGAACAAUUCUUUCAAGAGAAAAUCACCCUCSAGUUGAUGAUGGGAUUCCACGUGCUAGCGUAGCCAUGUACGGAUCUAAUAUCGUGUUUGGGACUCCAGGGAUUCUUACAUGGCCUAAUGUUAGCGUAAACUAUGGGACAGGUCGGCUUUAUACGAUCAAAUAUUGCCCUAGAAACUACAAACGAGUCAAGAUAUCCAAGGUGAAUGGUGGAAUCGAAUCAUACCAAUGUCAAGCCUGCGAGGAGGGUCGCAGGUCACUCGGAGGGAUCACAUCGAUUUGCACAGUUUGUGAAGGACGUAAAUGCGUGUCACCUCUUGUUGACGAUCCUGUUCAUUUUACCACCAAAAUGUGCGACAAUCAAUUGUGUCCUCUCAACGAACAGAUCAUCAACAAGACCAAUGGAAUUAAGAUAAUCCAAAUGAACGGUACAUUUUUCGAAGAAGGUGCAGUCAACGAGUACACUAUAAAGUUAGUUGAGACAACUCGUGCAGGUAUGUCAACAACAUCUGAAUCAGAGCCGUUUAUUAUCGAUACAACAUCUCCAGUGGUGGGUACUGUGUAUGAUGGCCUAGGAAGCGACCAAAAUAUGAACUGCUCAAGUAACGAAACGUUCGGCGAAGAUAGUCAGUGUUCUACACGUAGCUUCCAAGAUACGGACAUUGAUUACACUAAUAAUACCUCCGAAGUUCACGCUCGAUGGAUCGACUUUGCUGACAACGAGAGCGACAUAGCAGAGUAUUUCUGGUGCGUAGGAUCAAAACCCAUGCUGGAUGACAUUCGGCAGUGCGAGAGCACAGGACAGAGACAAAAUGCCAGUCACUAUGGACUGGACUUUCAGCAAGGUGACACGUACUAUGUUACCGUGGUUGCAUGUAAUAAUGCUCAAAGAUGUUCAGCAGGUCAUUCAAAUGGUGUGACAAUUGAUACUACUCCACCUACCAUGCAGUAUGUACGAGAUGGUGUACUUGGUCCUGAUAUGGACUACCAGGUGUUUCUGGACAUUAUCUUCGCAUACUUCAAAGCCUCUGACGAAGACAGUGACAUAAGCUCGUAUGAAGUGGCCUGGGGAACCGCACCUAAUCUUACAGACGUGAAAGACUACGAAGAAAUUGGAAACACAACUACCUGGUUUGCCCAAUUCAAGGACAACACGCUGGAGAAGAAAAAGAAGUAUUUUGCAACCGUAAGAGCAUCCAACAAGGCUGRUUUAUUAUCAGAGCCAAUGUCGUCUGAUGGCAUAAUCGUUGGAAAGUCUGAGUACAUAUUUGACAAGAAUGCUUCGGCAUCGUUCUUUUUUGACACGGUCAACAUGAACCCUGAUGGAACCAGGAAAGAUGGUGGUGUUGGGAAAACGUACGGGACAUUGGAUGUUCCCGAAGGAGCUGUAGAUGGCGAAGUGAAACUUAAAUGCUACAGUCUGGAUGAUAAAAUGYUUCAGUCCAAUGCUUCUGAAGAUGGUCCUGUGUCAAACCCUAGCAUUACGAAACCAAAGCAAUUCAUGCUCGGCAAUUACAGCUUCCAGAUCAAAGCUAUGGAUCCCUUAAACGAYACUGUUCAAGAGGGAUUUAAGUUUGCUAAGCCGAUCAAGAUCUCUAUGUUUUAUGAUGUGRACAAUUUAGUGAAAGCCAACAAAAGAGUGGUGAACAAAGAAGUCAAUAAGGAAGACAUUGAUCCUGUGCUGUAUUUAUGGGAUUUAAAAAAUAACACAUGGAUGGAUGCAUCUCUGACUUGCCCAGAACCUUGGCAGCACGUCAACCGUACCAUCAAACUUCUUACUGUCCAGAUCUGUCAUUUGACCCAAUUCGCUUUCUUCUGGUCGUUCGAGGCAGAGAAUGGAUUGAUGAUGUUCGACAAGAACACUUCAGUUUAUAAUGAGAACGGCGAAGUGAGCGUUCAACGUCAAUCGAGAGUCCAACAGCUCGACCUUCCCAUCAAGCGAUCUAAAGGCGCUUCAGGAGACAUCGACGUCUAUUGGUCUUUACACAGUAACGAAUCCAUUGAUGGCCUAGUGUGGCCCAAUUCAGGGCGAAUAAGUUUCUCAGAAAGUCAAUGGAAUGCCUCUCUCCGAAUUUAUGUUGCCAGUGAUGAAAUAAAGRCAGCGGAGAAAGUGAUUUGGGUUCGAAUGGAAAAUGCAACCGGUGGCGCGAUUUUGGCAUCACGUGAUGUGACUAGCAGUAAGAUGGUUAUUCAGUCCAAUCUAGUCUUGGAGCCUGGUCGGAACUAUAUGUGGAUUAUCAUUGGCGUCUGUAUAGGAGUGCUUCUGAUACUUAUUGUACUUAUUAUAAUUGGUAUCCGAAAAAGACAAAGGAACCAGAAAGAAAAAAGACUUCAUAAAUCAGUGACAAAGAGAAGUAUAAGAUACAAAGUAAACUACGCGGAUGAUUCGAUAGACAAUCUGGAGAUCGAGGAGAUUGAAGACGAUGCKCUGCAAUAUCCACCAAGUGACCUAGUACUUCAUGAACUGAGAAAUCCUUUGACUAAAGAAGUACAAGGCCAAUCUGAUAACGCAUCAAGCACGUCAGUAUCCGAUGACGAGCAGCAAAAGAUCAAAAAGCAGCCAUCAAAAAAGAGAAAAUUUUCCAUCAAAAAGAAACCAAUAGAUGAUCACCAUGAGUUUGUAAAUCCUUGCUAUGGCGGUAAUCUUACUGAUGACGAGCUAGAGAUGCAAGAGAUUGUGCCUGUACCUGGUAUUGUCACUGAGAUGGCCGAUGCUGACGUCAAACCAGAUAGUUCUGGCCAAUCAGAGGUGGAAAAGACAGGCGCUAAGGAAGAWGAGAAACRGAAAUCUGGUAAAGUCUUCAAAAGGUCAAGUUCAAGAAGUUCAAGCAAGCGCUUGCGUCCUAUUAAAGCUUGGGAACUUGCCCCCAGCGUCAGCACAGAAAACCUUGUUUCUUCCGGUGAAGAAAAUGACCAACCACCUCCUCCAAAACUCACUGAUUUUGGAGAUUCUGAGCCCGAGCUUGAAAGCAAGGAAGUSAGCGGUUUUCUUGCUCCAUCACGCGGUGACUUCUCGGCCAAUCUCCCAGGAAGCUCAAACGUUAGCUCGGACGACGAAAACCAAUAGAGAAUGAUGACAAGARUCUACUAAACGUAUUUUGCUGAUAUUUUAACCUAAUAACGUAGUAUUGAUAGUUUAAGACGAUACAUUUAGUUUAGUGUGUAUAAUAAAAAUGUAAACAGCGCUUAUUAAGACGACGACCAUAUAAUUUCGAAGUUUAUAGACAACAGAAAAAAUGCUUUCCACAAUUCAUGCUGAUAAAUAUAUUAUCUUAGUACUUUUGUUAUUUUUCUACUUUUCUAAAAUUAGUCUUACAAGUUUAUUUCUUUUGAUACUCUUUUUUGC